AUGGUCCUCGCUAAUAUCAAAAUUACAGACGAGGAAGCUCUCCAAACAGCCGCCAAUGGCGGCGCGAUCGAGUUAGAGAGAUGGAGCGGCAUGGCCGGACCACUGAUUGAGCGACUAGAAUACAUCGUAUACAAUGUGUUCCCCAUGCCUCAAGCGCGCUCCGAACCCAUCGGCCAGCAACCAUUCCCCAACCAUUCUUCCCAGGCAAAUUCCAUCCCCGAGAGCAGCAACAAGGAAAAUACCUCCCCCACCGAUAUCCAAACUUCACCUCAGGCAGCGCGAACUGGCUCUCCCCCGUCGAGUGAGCAAGUGCCAGACUCACAGCCCCAGCCAUCUGGUGCAAGCACGGAUGGCCGGCUUCCACCCCCGCUUGCAUUUCUUCUAAGCGCCAUCCGCUCGUCGAUUAAAUCAUUCUUUGAGGAUAAACCUCCACACACCAUUCAGAGACUCGCAGAGCUAGUCCUCUACCCGAAGAAGCACUACAGAACGUUGCCCGCAUAUCUUCGUGCUGUUGAUCGCGUUGUCUCAGUGACAAGCUCCGCAGAUAUUUUCCCAUUUCAAACGCCGGCUGUCACGAAUGCUCAAUCAAAUGGACUGGUGCUUCCCGGCAAUAGCAGCGGGGUAUAUAUGGCCCCGGACUUUGCCCAAGGUCUUGGGAGCGAUGAAUCGCUGGGUGGUGCACUGCUUACUCCGAUCCCGUGGUUAACUAAUGCCUCGUUCGAAGGCGAGGAUGCCAAUGGAGAUGCAGGCAUACUAGUUGAGGGCACUGAAGCUUUACCUACACAGCCCGAGGAACAGGGAACCACAACUCUAGUACCCACCGAAGCCGAAGAAACGGCUGAUACCACCUCACCAGAACCAUCUGAUGAGGUCCCUCACGCCCGUGGUCCAAUCGUGCUUGGUGUGCAAGACAUGGGUCUACAAGAUGGUAAAGGCGUCGAGAUGCGUCUUGCCACAGACGGUGCCGCCGAUACCACUGCUACCCAGGCAACCGAACAACAGGAAAAGGCUGAACCAACUGGCGACAAGGACGGUGAUAUCGUCCUCACAGACACCAAUCCGAAAGAAGGGGAAGAACCUCAGAAUGAAGGUCCUUCUACAGAGCCCCAAGCAGGCACUGCAGAGUCUGAACCAAGUGGUGAUUUAUCCGAAGCGCCGGACGCCGAGAAGAAAGCAUAA